AUGCUGCGGUAUUGGGGUGAGAUUCCAGUUUCAUCUAACCAGGCCAACCGCAGCUCCUUUGACCUGCUUCAGCGUGAGUUUCGUACUGUUGAAGUCCAAGAUCCUCCGCUGCAUCAGCCAUCUGCAAACAAGCCACGGCCAACCACCAUGUUGGACAUUCCCUCAGAGCCAUGUAGCCUCACAAUUCACACCAUUCAGCUCAUCCAGCACAACAGGCGUCUACGCAGCCUGAUUGCCAUGGCUCAGGCCCAAAACCAGCAGCAAGCAGAAGGCAUAAAAACUGAAGAUAAUGAACCCCUGCCACCUUGUCCAGCCUCUCCACCUCUCCCUGAUGACCUGCUUCCUCUGGAUAGCAAGACUCCCAAAAUGCCAUUUCAGCUAAGGCAUAGUGACCCAGAAAGUGAUUUCUACAGAGGAAAAGGGGAGCCAGUGACUGAGCUGAGUUGGUCCUCCUGCCGGCAGCUUCUCUACCAGUCAAUGGCGACCAUCCUGGCUCACACAGGCUUUGAGUGUGCCAACGAGAGCGUCUUGGAGACUCUGACGGACAUUGCCCACGAGUACUGCCUGAAGUUCACCAAACUGCUGCGCUUUGCUGUGGAUCGAGAAGCUCGACUUGGGCACACCCCUUUCCCUGAUGUCAUGGAGCAGGUCUUCCAUGAAGUGGGCAUUGGCAGUGUGCUCUCGCUGCAGAAAUUCUGGCAACACCGCAUUAAAGAUUAUCACAGCUACAUGCUUCAGGUUAGCAAGCAGCUCUCUGAAGAGUAUGAGAAGAUUGUCAACCCUGAAAAGGCAACAGAAGACACAAAGCCUGUGAAGAUUAAGGAGGAACCUGUUAGUGAUAUUACCUUCCCCAUAAGUGAGGAACUGGAGGGAGAUUUGGCUUCUGGCGAUCAGUCUUUGCCUGUUGGAGUCCUUGGAGCUCAAAGUGAGCGCUUCUCAGCCAACCUGGAAGUAGAAGCUUCCCCACAGACUUCAGGGGCUGAGGUGAAUGCUUCCCCUCUCUGGAAUUUGGCACAGGUGAAAAUGGAGCCACAGGAAAAUGAGGAGGCCAAUGUACAUGGCCAUGGAGUCCUAGGCAGUGAUGUCUUUGAGGAACCAAUGUCAGGCAUGAGUGAAGCAGGGAUGCCACAGAGCCCCAAUGGCUCUGAGAGCAGCUAUGGUUCUCAUUCUGCUGACAGUCUGAUGGGAUCCUCACCCGUCUUCAACCAGCGCUGCAAGAAAAAGAUGAAGAAGAUGUGA